AUGAACGAAUUCCUGAAGCACUGGAAGGCGGGCCUUGUCCAAUUGGAGUUUUUGCUGGUAUUUUGGGACUCGAAAGAAGGGGAACGAGACAUGGACGAAAUUUUGGAUGGAUUGGAAUCCACUAAAAAUGCUGCGGAUUUCACGAGAGAAUACUUACUGUAAGUGUCGAAUUGUGACUAUUUUGCAACUAAAUACUGUUUUUCAGAGAGGACAUUGACGGAAAUUUGAAACCUCACCUCAUAUGGCAAGGAUACAACUUUCGGAACAAAAACGGAAGAGAGGCGACGAUAACAAUCGACUUUGAUGCAGUAUGUUACCUUACAAUGUGUGUCUGGCCCGAAGCUCCCUGA